AUGACGACGGAAGUGAUGGCCCGACGGGCAUCUACAGAGCUCAACGUUCCAGCGGGAGUAACGGCUUCUGGUGAAGUAAAACGGAUCUACAUCUCGAAUUUGGACUUCGAAACGAGCGAAGAUGAAUUGAAACAGUUUCUAGCAGAGUUCAAUGUGCUCACGGUUCUGAUACCCAGCCAAACUAUCCGUGGGUUUAGAAACAGCAGCGUAAAACCGCUAGGGAUUGGAUAUGCUGAUUUUGCCACAGUUGAUGACGCCAAAAAAGCGGUGGAAACGCUGGAUGGCCAAAAACUGCACGACCGCGCUUUGAAAAUCAAGAUGUACGUCCCGUUUGUGGCAAAAAGCAAAGAACGCCGACCUUCAAAGAAACAGAAUAGUCUCAAAAAAGAACAGCCCAGCCAACCGGCUCAACAAACAGAUGCGGAAGCAACAGAAGCCAAUAUCACCGUCCCGCUGCCAGGAAACCCUUCGAAACCGAUUUCUGAACCCGUCGCUUCUGACACCGUAUACUGUGCGUAUCUACCCUCCAACGUCACAGACGUGGAACUGCGCGAGUUUUUCGCCGAUUACGACCCCCAGGACAUCUACGUGUAUCGCAGCAGCGUGUCCAGACAUCGCAUACACUUGUACCGUCGUUUCACUGCUGCGUUAGUCAGUUUGGGAGCUCCUGACUCUUUAGAAAACGCUAUAAGCCAGCUGUCAAAACAAAAACUGCUGGGUAAGAAAAUAACCUUGAAGCCCGCCAGAUUGUCUAAAAUCCAAGAGGUCAAGAAAGCGGCCGCAAAGAAACAAGAGCUGGAACAGGUCCAAAACCGGAAAAAGACCAUAGCGGAGGCUUCAGAUUCCAUUGUUGAGAACCAAGAGCUAGAAACAAUGGAAGCCGAAGCUACAAGCUAG